AUGCAUCCUCUUCACCUUGGCGUCAAUGAUGUCCCGUCGACGCCGGCAGCUCUAUGUUAUGGCCUACAGCAGGCCAUGUUGUGCAUCUCAAGUCUUCUGGUGUACCCCUUGAUCGUUUCCGACGUGGUUUGCGCCGGAGCCGCCGCUGUUCAGCUCCGAGUACAGUUGAUCGCCGCGACGUUUGUCACAUGCGGUUUGGCCACUAUUCUUCAGACCACUUUCGGACUUCGGUACGUUGAGAAGAUGAGCUUGAAAAAAGAAAAAAUAUAUAAAAGCCUCACCAGGCACUAAGAUACACAGUGAGUCUUCUUAAUGGAACUGGGUUCCAUAGACGUAGUUUUUUGUGCUGAUACUAAAGCUGUGCUCAAAAACUGAUGAGAAGUUUUGUGAAAGAAGUUUCAAGCGCUCAUCUUUUGAGAAACCAAACCAACAAAGAUCGACAGGUUAUAUUCUUCACGGAAUUCAGUUUCUGACUAAUGAUGAUUCGGAAUCAGCGUCUAGGGAUCCUAAAUCUAUUCGGAAAGUCGGAUUAGCGUUCCAACUAUUUCUCUACUCAACUAAGGGAUACUUUUCCAGACUGAGCACGCUACAAGGUCCCGCGAUGGCGUUUCUGCCUCCCCUUCUUGCAUAUCAGUCCCAGCACAGCUGUCCGUACGGUCCGCUGGAUGAAGUUCCCCCAGAACUGUGGCACUCUCGAUUCCAAGAGGUUCACCUUUUCAAGAGAUUACUAUCAGCAACAAAAUAUGCGAUUAGAUUCAAGGAAGCCUGUUGUUGGCGUGCGUGACUUUCGUCGUCGCCGGGAGCACCGGACUCGCCGGCCUUCUUUCUAAGCUUGUCGGCCCCUGUACGAUCGUGCCGCUCAUGCUUCUCCUCACCACCAGCAUCGUUCCUACCGUCGAGGCAAAGCUCUCAUUGCACUGGAUAUCUCUUGUGUGCGUUCUUUGCUCUAUUGAGCUGCGAAGUUGGAUUAGACUUUCUGAAGCAAUAGAGCUUCAAAAUGUUUUGAGGUAUAAGCCUCUGAUUUCAGAAUGCUGGCGUGUAUCAUUUUGAUGGCCUUCUACCUUGAAAACACUCGGGUCUCCAUUCCCUACUUCUCGUUCUCCAAAAGAAGUUCGAUGACGAUAACCGUCCGCCUUUUCGGCCAAUUCCCGGUGAGCUCGAAAUUUCAAACUCGAAAUUUUUCUACGCUGUGAUCUACCUUAGCAACAAGGCUCACGAGCUUUCCAAAAAAUUUAAUUUUCAUGGAGCAUCGUUUUGCAGGUUUUUUUUUAAAUUUUGCUCAAAAUGAUUAUUUUUAAAUUUUUAUAUUGCUUGGAAUUGGCUGGAAAGGAUCAAUGUAGUAUAUACGCUUUAUAUUUGAUUUUAAAGCAUGUGGAAUUUCGAAAAUUCAAACAUUUUACAAGAAAGGACAUCGAUAGAAGGAUUGAUAGCGACGCCUCCAAAUCUAAUUUUAAUGAAUAAAGUCAGUCCAAAAGCUUGCAGUACCUCCUGAGCAUCGCAACCGUGUGGUUCAUCUGCUGGCUGCUCACUAUUUCCGACGUGGAGCCGGUGGGAGGCGAAGCUCGCACCGACAAGAACAUGACGGUGAAGAUGAUUCGCGAGUCACCGUGGGUACAACUACCGCUUCCUGGGGCGUUCGGUCGCUUCCGUUUACUGCCGGGCCUUUGCGCAGCCUACGUCGCCUCCUGUUUCGCUUCCGUCAUUGAGAACAUUGGAUCGUAUGAGCUUCUGGCGAGAACGUCGUGCCAGAAGCCGCCACCCAAGAAUUCCGUUAACCGCGCCAUCAUCUUCGAAGGCUUGGGAAGCAUGCUGGCAGCGCUGCUGGGCGUCUGCACCGGCGUCACCACCUAUGCCGAGAAUAUCGCUCUCAUGCACAUUACCAAGGUUCACAAAUCGGAAAAAUCCAGAACUUAGAUUUAGCCAAAAAUAGAAGAUGUUUGUAUAUAGGAAAAAUGAAGUGAAAAAAACUUUCUAGGAUCCUUGAAAGUUCCUCGAACCAGUCCAAAAACGCAAAAUGUUGAAAAAUUAGUCUUUGGAAAGUUACGAGUGCGUUUCGGUAAUAGAAAAAUAGAGUUGGUAGCAUGAAAAUUAGAUCAAAACUCAGUUUGCAAUUCCAUUAUAUGAUUAUGAAAUUUUUUGGUCCAAAUUCUACACAAAACUAGAAAGCGUGUAGUUUGAAUUUCCUGAAUCUCGUUUUCAUGAAAAUUCUAGAAGUCCAAACUAAAUGAUAGUAUUACUUUGGGAGCUUACUAAAAGCUAGUUUCACUGGAAUAAAGCCACUUUGCUAAGUUCUGCACUCAAACCCGUGCCCCGAAAAAAACCUUCAAAAUUAUUACUGACCAGGUUGCGAGUAGACGAACGAUGCAAUUCGCCGGCGUUAUCCUAGUCUUCCUAGGCCUCUUCACCAAGAUAGCAGCCAUCCUGGCGGCGAUCCCGGACGCGCUCGUCGGUGGCGUCCUCUGCGUGGGAGUCUCGAUGAUCGGCGGCGUCGCUCUCAGCAACCUCCAGGUGACUUUCAACGAGCUACCUCUCGUAAAUCGUGGUAAUCACAGCUCGUCGACCUGAAAGUCACUCGCAACUUGUCAGUUAUGGGCCUUGCUUUCGUUUUGGGACUCGUUGUUCCGCUACAUUUUGAGAAGAACCCUCUGAAGACAGGUUUUUUGAGAAAAAAAAAAUUGCAAGAUUUAUCAUCGUCAAAUUUUCCUGACUUAAAAUACGAGAUUAGCAAGGGUGACGCGUUGCGUACGCGACGCGGAUUCUGUCGGGAAACUCGAGGUCCAACGCAAACCAUCAUUUUUUUUUUCUUCAAAAGCUUCACAUUUUCCAUUAUUUUGAAAAUAUUUAGUUGAACAAAUAGUAAAAAAAAAAUAAAUAAUUUAAAUUCUCAACACUUUUCCAAUGAUUGUUCGAGUUUCAUAGGUAAAACUGAAAAGUGCCUUUGACGAUCCUUAAUGCCGUGUUCAAAGUGAUUCCGCGAAAUUCAAAAUAGCCGUCAGAGAAAGAGAAAGAAAACUAAAUUUUGGAGGGUCAGAGACCAUUUUGCAUUUCGCGGAAAUUACUUUGAACACGGCAUAAAGGAUCUUGAGAGGAAGCUCAAAAAUUUCCUCUAAAAGCUCCUAAAAUGAUGUGAAAAAGUUCUGAGCUCCAUUUGCAUAGCCACAGCGGAACCUUUUUAGUUGCUUUCCAACAUCUUUUUUUUUGUAAAAGGAUGUCAAAAGACGUCGCGUACGCAAUGCUUCAAAUUUCAAUCUACACUGUCGCCUUUCAAGUCGAAAAGGAUUGUUCAUAAGAAAUCUUGAAAAAUAUAAGAAAAGGGGGGAGAAUUCGCCUGAAAAUUCCUCCGAAACUUCUCCUUGUUUUUUUUUUUUCACAUGUUGGGUUUGAGGAAAGUUUCAGCGAAACACAAGGCCUAUUUUCCUUCACUUUUUCACCUUCAGCUCCGAAUAAUUGCAGUUUCAAUUCAGGAAGUAAAGACCUGGACGAUGUGUUGAGCAUGUUGCUCAGUAUCAAGAUGUUGGUAGGCGGAGUCAUCGGGGUGAUUCUCGACAACACUGUGCCAGGUCGCCCUUUGGACUAAAUAGAGACGUUUUUGUUCGAACUUCAGGUGCAACCAGAGAUCAGCGGGGAUUCCAGGCUACGAAAUUCAAUGAAGUUGAUUCUGAUUUCGACGACGACUGCGGAUACAGGUUGCCGGGAUCUGUGAACAGGUUACAGUACUUUUGCGCGAGACUGUCACGUUUUCACGUUCCACUGUGAGCACAAAAUUUUCCUCUACAAAACUGCUGAAAAGAGAGCAAAAAACAAAAGUCUCGAAGCGAAAAUGCUCAAGUUUGAUCUAAUUUGGUAAACGGUAUUUUUGGCGGACAGAAAAACGUGACAAGAUGGCGCAGAAUGUCGGUUUUUUUUUUAAUUACAAGGGAAACAUUCUUCCUCCCCAAAAAUCCAUUAGGGAGGCGUCGCUUAACUGAUUCCUGUUUUUCUUUUUCGAAACCUUAGUAAAGAAAUUAAAUUUCGAAAAAAGGUUUCUAAAACUCAGAACUUAUCAACCUACUACAGACUGCUAAGCGCGAUUCCCGCGUUGCGAUAUCUUCCGUUCCUACCGUCUAACAUCGAGCCAAAGGAGAAAAUGGAAAAACUCUCAAUCGCUUGA